AUGGACUUCGACCAUCACGGGCAGAGCUCCCAACAGCCUAGACAGCGCCGGAAGAGGGCCGGCAAGAGGCGUAUGCGCAAUAAGCUUCCGGUCGCUGCUCGUAUAGCGCUGGAUCCUCAGCUUCGCGGCAACGUCGGAGUGCUCUCCGAGGAUUUGGCCAAUGAUCUAUUCGCCCAGCAGACCCUCCAAGGCGUUGCGACAGGCGAUGGGAUUCUUUAUGUUGCGAUUUCCCCACAAACCCCGAGCUCGUCAUCGGUGGAGGAUCAAGCCUGGACCAUUCUCCCGGUUCGAGUGCAGACUUCCCACACUCAAAUAGCGCAUUCGACAGUUCUUUUCCCCGACUCGGCAGACUCUCUCCAGCCUUUUCUUCAGGCCCUAGGGAAGAUCGAUUCGUCGCGCAAUUCUCUGCAAACACACCGGUCGGUGGAUAUCCGGAUCCUGGACGUUGCUCCACUCCACUUGGACACUAUCUUCGUCACAGUCGAGCGACAUCUCCUUCGUAACCACGACGAUGUACAGAGUAAAUUUGGUGGCGGAUUCACGUCCAAUGCUCAUGGUGCAAAUGGAGCGUGGCCUAGAGCCGGAAAGGGCGGGGACUCGAGAAAGCAUUCAAAGAAGGCUGCGGCGGAUGCUGAGGUGCGUUUGACUGCGGCUGUGCGCGACGCUUUGGCGAGUCAGCGGAUCGUGCACAUGGGCGAUGUGCUUCCUCUUCCACUUCCACCCCACCCUAUUACCUAUGUUCCUGCGCCGCCGGCUCGGAUUUCCUUCUGUGAGCCGGUUUCACAGGGCCUUUUGAUGCCUACCACAAAGGUCAUUCUUGUACAAGCUCGUCCACAGGGUCACCGCGCACCUCAAUUGCUGCCUCCGCGACAUGCGCUCUUGAAGCAGGUUGCAGAAGAUGAAGCCGAUGAUACUUCCAACGAACAGUUUUACUCCGCCGCUGAGGACAAGCCCGGAGAAAGCGGAACUGAAAUGGAAAUGACUUCUACCGCGGAGGAGUCUGAGACCGACCUCUCGGCGGGCUCCGCGAGUGACUCCGACGACUCCUUGGAAGACAUGAUCUCUCUUUCGGCCCCCGAAUUGCCGCAAGCCCCCUCCGGGGUUAUGUCGUCCAUCACUUCGGCAACGCCUCGCGCAGGCGGUCGGCGAGUCGAUGGGAUACACACACCAGGCUCGGUCGCUUCCAAUUUCACUUCGGCAACUAUGCGCCCCGGACGGAGCGGAGGCAAGACUUUCAAAGUCGAAGGCCUGUUGCAGCAGGUGCCCAACGAGGUGCUUCACCCUCGCCCUCGUGAUGACGAGGACGUCGAUGCUUUCAUCUUUGUCGAUAUCAGUACCCUUGCCAAAAUCGGGUGUUUCUCUGGUGACUGGGUUCGGAUAGAAGCCACCGACGAGCCUCAGCUGAACAUGUUCGCGUCGCUCAAGUUCGGAAGCUUCAACGAUUCACCAGAGGAUGCCGGUGACUGGCGACCGGUCAAGGUCUUUGGUUUGCCAGGUCUUCCGUCACCUAAGCCUCGAUAUGCUAUCAACCAUUCGGGUGAGCGCCGUUCAAGCUUCUCGCAGCGUCCUCAGACGCGUUUGACCCCUUCAGUAUUUGUGCCUCCCCUGCUGCUUAGCAAUAUCGACAACCCCAAGUACCUGCGGAUCUCUCCAAUGACAUUUGCGUCCGCCAAUGGCGCGUCAAAGUCUGGACUUCUACACCACAUGAAGAACACUGCUGCCAAGAACCCACCCCUGGCCAAAGAAGUCACUCUAAUGAAGGUUUCCACGCCACUUUCCAUGGACCGGGUUCUUCAGCCGGCUCUGUUUGCUGGGCUCAAACAAUAUUUCGAGUCCCGCCGCCGGAUACUGAAGAGUGGCGAUUUGGUUGGUAUCAGUGUCGAUGAAGGGCUUGGUAGGGCUGUCUUCUCCGGGACCCCCGGUGGUGACAACGCGCAUCAGGAAGAGGAUAUCACCGCCAGAUUAGGCCAGGGCCCUGGCAGUGAUAACAUUGCGGCUCGCAAGGUUGGUGUCGCUUGGUUCCGUGUUGGACAAGUAGCCCCAAUUGCCGUCGAAGAACUCGAGGAAACCGGUGAAGAUCAAUGGGGUGGUGUGGCCGUUAUCGACCCAACGAGUACACGUAUGGUGCAAGCCGGUAGCGACAUUUCCAGAGUCCCCGGUAUCUUGGGUAACGGUUGGGAGUACUGGCUGGGAGUCAAGACCAUUCCGAAGGCUAUUGGCGAUUCACCAGCUCCGCAUGGAAUUGUCGCAGAGCCUCCGCAUACAUUUAUAUCCUCCCUGCAACAGCGAAUUCGGGAUUUGAUGGCGGCAGCGACAAGCCCUCGUGCAAUCCAAUUGGGCAUGAAACCCGUUGUCAUUCUCAUCAAAUCCCAACAGCGGCACAUUGGCAAAGCCACUGUCGCAACCCGAGCAUGUGCGGAUAUUGGCCUCCACACAUUCCCCAUUGACGCCUACGAUAUACUGACCGAGGGCGGUGCGAAUGGCGGCGAUGUCAAGACCGAGGCCUACUUGAAAGCUCGGGCCGACCGGGCGUUCCACUGCGGCUCGAACUGCACCGCCCUACUUAUUCGGCAUAUCGAGGUGCUCACAGCGGACCGGAUGGUGACUGCUAUGACUGAUAUUGUCAAUGAGGCCCGGGUUGUCAUUGCCACGACUGGCGAUGUCGAAGAGAUCCCCGAAGGCAUCCGGAGCAUGUUUACCCACGAGUUUGAGAUGGGAGCACCUGAAGAGAAGGAGCGUGAAGGCAUUCUCCAGAAUGCGGUCACAGAACGUGGUAUCAAGCUAUCCACUGAUGUUGAGCUAGGAACGGUGGCACUGAAGACUGCAGCACUGGUUGCCGGCGACCUGGUCGAUGUCGUUGAACGCGCCGCCGCCGCUAGGACUGCCCGCCUCGAGAAGUUGGCCGAAGAUGCUAGCAAGCAAUUGCCCGACUCAGAAGUCUUCAUCAGGGAUAUUCUGCUCGCCGGCGGCGAUGGCGCUCGUGGCGUCACAAAAGCGGACUUCGACACUGCCGUUGAGGCAGCCCGGAAGAACUUCGCCGAUUCGAUCGGUGCUCCCAAGAUCCCCAAUGUCGGUUGGGAUGACGUUGGUGGAUUGACCAACGUGAAGGAUGCUCUGAUUGAGACUAUCCAGCUGCCGCUUGAGCGACCGGAGCUCUUCGCGAAGGGUAUGAAGAAGCGCAGUGGUAUUUUGUUCUAUGGCCCCCCUGGCACUGGAAAGACCCUGCUUGCCAAAGCGAUUGCCACCGAGUUCUCGCUCAACUUCUUCUCCGUCAAAGGCCCGGAGCUGCUCAACAUGUAUAUUGGUGAAUCCGAAGCAAACGUACGUCGCGUUUUCCAGCGGGCUCGGGACGCUCGCCCGUGCGUUGUCUUCUUCGAUGAGCUGGACUCGGUUGCGCCCAAGCGUGGUAACCAGGGAGACAGUGGCGGUGUUAUGGAUCGUAUUGUCAGUCAGCUUCUUGCGGAGCUUGAUGGCAUGAACGGCGGAGAGGAGAACAGCGGUGGAGUGUUCGUGAUCGGUGCCACCAAUCGCCCGGAUCUGCUGGAUACCGCCUUGCUUCGACCUGGUCGCUUCGAUAAGAUGCUUUAUCUGGGCGUGUCAGACACUCACCGGAAACAGGCGACUAUUUUGGAGGCACUUACAAGGAAGUUUGCGCUCAACCCAGACGUGUCUUUGGACCGGGUUGCUGAACAGCUUCCGCUGACGUACACUGGUGCCGAUCUGUAUGCCCUUUGCUCGGAUGCCAUGCUGAAGGCGAUCACGCGCAAGUCGACGGCGGUCGACGACAAGAUCAAACAAUUGCCGGGUGGCCCGGUUACCACUGCGUACUUCUUCGACCAUUUGGCCACACCAGAGGACGUUUCAGUGACAGUGAUGGAGGAGGACUUUUUGGCGGCGCAGGGAGAGCUUGUUCCCAGUGUCAGUGCCAAGGAGUUGGAACAUUUCGAGCGAAUUCGGCAGACGUUUGAGUCUGUCGACAAGCAGAAGCAGUAUCCGGCAGCUGCUGCUCCUCAAACGAUUGCGGAAGCUAUGGAGGCGUUUAGUCUUGGUGAUUCACCGAACCCAGAAAUUCCGACAAGCAAUGGGGAUAAUGGCUUCACUGGAAGUAUACAUGAUCGCAUUAAAGGCUUGAAGCAAUGGCCUGGCGGUAUUGUUCGCAGUGCCUCGGGCCAAUCCACGACGAGCAGCAAAGGCAAGGGGAAGAGUGUCAGCAAGAAGGGCAAGGGCUCGCGAGCCGGAGCGGAGUCCGAUGGUUCCCUUGACGGCGAUGAAGAGGAUAUGGCGGAUGGCCAGAUAGACGACGAUGAAGAUGAUUACAUCGUUAGAACGGACCAUCUUGCGAGUCCUAUGGAGGAAGUGGAGUAG